ACUAGGCGUCCUAACGAUGCAUCACUUUUUUUAAUGUAGGGAAAAGGGAACAUCCGAGCAGCAGAUCCAAUAGUUGACAAUGUUAAAAAUCCUCAUUUUCUUGUUCUGAUCUCUGAGAACUUCGUGGAGGCGCGUGCUUCUUUAAGUCGUCCUGGAGUUGCAAAUCUACCUUCUAAUCAGAGUCCUGUAAAAGCGGACGUCGCUUCAGUUACUUCUGCUGCAGGGCCAGCUGCAUCAGGAGGUGUUAGCAUGGGUCCAUCGGUACCAGGCAUGAGCCAAGGAAAUCUUUCAGGGGCACAAAUGGUGCAAAGUGGAAAUGGCACGAAUCAGAAUGUGAUGAGUGGUCUUGGUCCAUCGGGUGUCUCUUCUGGAAGCAGCACCAUGAUUCCAACUCCAGGAAUGCCUCAACAAGCACAAAGUGGGAUGCAGUCUCUUGGUGUGAAUAACAACUCAGCAGCUAAUAUGCCAUUGUCACAGCAGACAACAAGUGCUGUGCAACCAGCACAAUCCAAAUAUGUCAAAGUCUGGGAGGGAAAUUUGUCUGGGCAGCGUCAAGGACAGCCUGUCUUUAUCACCAAAUUGGAAGGUUACAGGAGUGCUUCGGCUUCUGAGACGCUUGCUUCAAACUGGCCACCAACAAUGCAAAUAGUUCGGCUUAUAUCUCAGGACCACAUGAACAACAAGCAGUAUGUUGGAAAGGCUGAUUUUCUAGUAUUUCAGGCAAUGAAUCAGCAUGGAUUUCUUGGACAACUGCAAGAAAAGAAGCUUUGUGCAGUCAUCCAAUUGCCAUCACAGACAUUACUGCUUUCUGUUUCAGACAAAGCCUGCCGCUUGAUAGGGAUGCUCUUUCCGGGGAACCUGGAUAUGGUUGUGUUUAAGCCUCAAAUAUCCAGUCAGCAGCAACAAAUGCAGCAGCAGCAUCACCAGCAGAUGCCACCGCAGCAGCAUCCACAGCUACAGCAGCAACAGCUUCCACAGCUGCAACAGCAACAACAACUUCCACAGCUACAGCAGCAGCAGCAACUUCCACAAAUGCAGCAGCAGCAUCACCAGCAGAUGCCACCGCAGCAGCAUCCACAGCUACAGCCGCAACAGCUUCCACAGCUGCAACAGCAACAACAACUUCCACAGCUACAGCAGCAGCAGCAACUUCCACAGCUACUGCAGCAGCAACAGCAUCCCCAAUUGCAGCAACAGCAACAACUCUCACAGCUUCAACAACAACAACAACAGCUUCAACAGCAGCAGCAGCAGCAGCUUCAGCCGUUGCAGCAGCAGCAGCAGCAGCUUCUGCAGUUGCAGCAGCAACUGCAGCUUCUGCAGUUGCAGCAGCAAGUUCCACAGCAGCAACAAUUGGUUGGGACGGGAAUGGGUCAGGCAUACGUUCAAGGUCCAGGACGGUCACAAUUAGUUUCUCAGGGACAAGUUUCAUCACAAGGGCCAACAAACAUGCCUGGAGGUGGCUUUAUGAGUUAAAAAGAAAAUCAAUUAAUUGGGAGCAUAAUACAUCAGUGUUAAAAAAAAUUAAAAAAAAAAUAAAUAAAUAAAAACACCUGAGCAAUUAUAUUGACCUGUUGGAUCUCUUAGACAAGUAAUUUUAUCAACAGGGGUUUAAAAUCUAUUUAUGGUAUGUAAAAUAAUGAUAUUAUCGAAUCUGGCCUUCCUUUCUAUUUAUCAGCAAACACCUUGUGCUUA